AUGGACUCACUGACCUACGGCCUAAUCUUCCCAUUCAUCGUCGAGUACAUAACCUCCCUUGACGUGCCCCAGGACAAGACAGGCCUGUAUGCAGGUAUAUCAGAAGGAAGUUUGAUGUUGGCUGAAGCUGCUGCUGCGCCCUUUUGGGCCAAGGCGGCUGAUAAGUACGGAAGGAAGAUGUGUGCCACGCUGGGAUUCAUGGUUUCGGUUUUGGCUUCGGGCUGCGUGGGUUUUGGACAGUCGGUCGGGUGGAUCAUAUUCUGGAGGAUGUGUGCUGGCCUCAACCCUACUCCAGUACUGAGCAAGAUCCUAAUAACAGAGCUCACCCACCCUUCCAAUCGAGGAUUCAUCUUUUCCAUCUACUCGCCAAUAUUCAAUACGGGUUAUCUCCUCGGACACCUCACUGGAGGAUGGUUGGCCAAUCCAUAUGGGAGAUUACCCAAUUGGAUGGGCGGAGAUUCGUCCUUCUUCAAGAGAUGGCCUUAUGCACUACCGUUUAGGAUCAAUCUCUGUCAUCACUGGGUGUUUGUUUUAGAGGAAACUCAAUCACCUGUUCUUGAGUCGAUCCGGAACUUGAAUGAGGCUAUAGAGCUGGGAGAUGACGCUUCGCCCACAAGAAGUUCUUCCAGCUGGGAAUUGUGGAAACAGACUUUGAAAAUACCUCAUUUCGUACUGGUCUUAGCGAGUUUCUGUGCCUAUCAAUUUGCCGUGUACGCAUUUGAAGGAUUAUUUACUGUCUUCACAUACACCCCGAUAGCGCAAGGUGGUCUUGGAUUUCCUGUCGAGACGAUAGGUAGUAUAAUAGCAUUCACCACACUCCUAUACAUCAUCGGCUCACCGAUAAUCAUCCCUCGACUGAAAUCUCGUUAUGGUGUCGGAAAAGCAUUGACCAUAACGGUAAUUACCAUACCAAUUGAAGCGCUACUUAUACCAUUCGCGCAAUUCAAGGCAAGGCUGGGGAGAGAUCGGACAUGGUUGGUCUUGAUGAUUGUGCAAUUACCGUUUAAAAACUUCCAUCAGAUGGGUUGGCCGAUGAACGAUCAUUUGAAUUCGGCCUGUUUCGAUGAUUAUCCGAAGCUGAUAGCUACAGGAAGUGCCAUCACUUUAAUCGCAGGUGCAUCAGGAAGAGCCUUCGGACCCACCUUCGCAGGAUGGUUAUUCUCUAUAUCAACUGAAUACCCGCUCCUAUCGCUAGGACGUCAAAUAUCAUGGAUCAGUCUGUUUCUUAUGACGCUCCCUCCAGUGUUCUUGAGCUUGUAUAUCCCAGAGGGUUUGACGAAAGAGUAUCGGCAAGUUGAAUAUGAGACUUUAGAGAAUGAGGAUGAAGAUUUAACUUUGGUAGAACGAAGUAGAUUUGUAGAUCAAGUACGAUCCGACGAAGAGUAA